AUGUCGAAUGAUAAAUCUCAAGCUGCCGACUUUUUUCAUGUCUCUGCAAAGCAAGCAAAACCUUUCGAAUAUGAAGAUCCCUUCAAUCCUCAAAAUACUUUGAAGGGAUUUAUUUGCAGAAAAGAUGGACCCUUCGGAGGGAGUCUUUUCAUCACUCACAUUAAUAACGUGAAAUUGAACGAACCACAAAAGAUAUAUGGUGUUCCCAAGUUGUUGUAUCCCUAUGUAGAUAAGAAGAAUAGUGAUGAUUUGGAAGAAUUUGAAGGAGCAGAAGAAACUGUACCCAAAAAGAAAAAGGUUCCAGGUUCUUGUAAAUACAAAUCGAAUUUUCAAACCGAUGAUAAUGUGGUUGCUUUUGCAUUGACCAACAAAUGGAACGGUACAAACAUUCUCUUCUUCAAAUACUCUGACAAUUCGGGUCAAUUAUUCAUAUCAGCAAAAACCAAAGGAAGUGCCACCUUAUCAGACACACAAUUUGGAGACUUUUUUGCGCUCACCAAAGAAGCACUGUUUGGCAGUAAUUCCUCCGAGAGAACCAUUAACCCCAAACAUCCUCCCGAAGUACUCCGUGAGUUCUGUAGGAGGCCUGAAAUUCAAUCCAUUUCGUGUGAAUUGUGUGGCACUAAGGAACCUCAUCUGGUGAAAUAUGAUUUUGAUAUUGCAUUGAAGCCACUUUUCAUGCAAUUCAAAAGUGGUGGUUCCAUUGAACCCAUCAUUGACCCGAAUGACUCACGACAACAAUUGUUCGAGUUUACAAACUUUGCGGAUAUGUGUCACAUUUGUAAGGAACGUCAGAAACGUGACUUUGCUAUUAAUGACGAAUACAGAAAGAAAAACAAUCUCGAAAUUCGAUACGAGUACAAUCACUUUGCUACGGAAGGAGCUGUUCUAUACAUUUUAUGCAAACCUAACAGACUAUUGGGACAAUACGAUCUUGGAAGUGAUUGGAUUGGAGUGAGUAAUCGAAAAUUGUACAAAAUUAAACCCAAAGAUAUUGAAGAGGUUCAUUGGGGAACAUUUGGAGAAAAACAAAAAGCUCUCGUACAAAUUGCAGUUCAGAAAAUGCAUCUCCGUGAGAAGGAAUUCUCAAAAGAAUCGCUUCGAGAAGAAUUAGAUAUUGGACCUAAGGAAUUCAAGAGAUACCAAAAUGAUAUUCUUCAGUAUGCACGACAAUACUUUAAUAGCAUUCCAAAAACCAGCAAGACCAAAUCUAACAAGAAAAAGAAGUAG